AUGCCCGCCGUAAAAAAACAGACGUCUUCCUCCGCGUCCUCCUCCACCGUCGUCCAGCGCACCAAAGCCUCUCGGUCCAAAAAUGGUUGUUUGGUUUGCCGCAGCAGGAGAGUCAAGUGCGAUCUCGGGAAGCCAGAGUGUGAAAAGUGUAAAAAGUAUGGAACAGAGUGCGCGUACCCGGAGAAGAAACCUUACGACAAGCAGGAGAUAGCAGACAAGCUAUGGAGACGACACCACCAAGCGCCCCCGCCUUCAGCAAAGGCAGAUCCUUUUGAAGAUGCCCCUCAGCAGCCGAUCCCGCCUCCGCCUCCGCCUUCUCUGGCACGAAAAGUGUCAAGAGGCCGUGAUCUUUCUCCUGCUGCACCGUCCCCCUUGUCUACCUCCCGACCGACAUCCUCCAUCCGUGCAUCGAAACACAACAAUUCCCCAAAUGGGAUGUUUGUCGUGCAGUCGAGAAAGCUGGACCCGUUCGAGCUGUUGAUGGCGCUUUGUCGGGAUACGCGGAUGGGACAGUUCUUUUCUGAUCCUGUCGACCCGCCAGAUUUCUUGCGAGAGGCUUUCCCAGAUGCUGAUGAGUUGCGAUGCUUUCACCAUUGCUUUACAUACACUCUGUCCACUUUUGUCACCCACGAAGAAGUCAAUCCAUGGAUAGACUAUGUCGUCCCGCUUCUCAUGUUCCCUUCAGGUAGCGCACCCAUGAGUACCCAGGCGUUGAAGCUAGGGAUACUUGCCACUGGUGCGGUACAUCUAACAUCGCUCGAAGAGAAGGGUAGCGCGCCAGAUUCAGCAGGUCAUACGAAAGCACUAGCCCAUCACUACCGGGAAGAGGGUAUGAAAAUACUGCGUAUAGCUCAGCGGAUACCUAUAGAGAUGGCAUCCGAUGAUUUUCUGGCGGCGGGUUCGAUGCUUUCCUGGGCCGAUUUCCUUGGGGCAAACCCCAGCUGGGGAGAAGUCUUGAGGAUCUGCCAUGCUUCCAUCCGGUAUCGCGGUGGCUGCGAGGUGAUACUUUUUGGGGUCAACGGUACAGCAGCUCCGACGCCACUGGCCCAGACGCUCAUCGAGUUCUUCGUCUUGGUCGAUGUCUGCUCCUCCUUGGGAAUGGGCAAGCCAUGCGUCGUGUUGACGGAAGCUUCGGACUGGUGGUGGCGUCUUCGACCUCAAGACCCCGACGCACCUGACUCCUUUGAGCUUGGUUUCGGCUGGAGUCGCGACCUCGUGAUGCUCAUCGUCCGUCUCAUCAACCUCCUCGCCGAAGCCGCCCACCUUUCCAGCUACAUAACCCCUCCACCAAUCCACGCCCUCCCCCUCGGCCGUCCCGAUUACCCUCAACGAGUCCUCGAUAUCUGCUCUGCCCUCGAUACGUGGAGAAGAGACAUUUACCCGACAGUCAAGACCAAUAGGGCAAGAGGCGGGUCGUUGGCAAUGUGGUAUGGUUUGCAGAUUAUGUUGUUAAGGGAGCUGUUGGGAAAGGGAAGGGAAGACGCGGUGGUACAGGCGCAUGCGGACGAGAUCUUUUCCAUCUGUGAGACCAUUGGAGCAAAGCUGGAGGGCAUGAACUGGCCUCUGACAAUCGCCUGCUCUGUCGCAGUCGACCUUCAGAAACGGGAGCGCGCCCGCCGAGUCAUUUCUUCCUUCAUCUACCAACUAUCCUACGAGCUUCACGCUCUCGAAACAGUAGUGGAAGAGUGUUGGCGGCGGAUCGACGCGGGGCAGGAUGACGAGGCUUGUUCGUGGAGGGUGAUCCCUGUAGAACUUGGAUGUGCUGUGCCUUUGGGAUAA